ACCAAACGAAAACCAUCUCCCUACGCCAGUUGGCGCUAUUAUUCCGAUCGAGAUUGCAGGCCGGAGUUGGAGCUUGACCAGGCGACGUUCGAUUGAGCCAACCGCGCGUCUGUAAUUGCCGAGCCAGGCCACAAUUGACAGCCGCGCCACACAAAUGCAAUGGACCAACACGAUAACACGUGAUCACUUCCAACCUUUAGUUUCCCAUUUAAGAACGCAUGCUUUGUCGCCAUAGGUUACAGUUCGUUCAUACAUUCCCUCCUAUCUUAGAAUAACAGACCAUAUGCCGGCAGAGAAACGAUCAUACGAAGAGAUGGCGGAAACUCCGAAUCCAUUUUUGCCAAUUUUCGAUGGCUUCAGGGCUGAAAUCGAUGAGAACCACCUUGCCAGAGAGCGCAUAAUCAAGUCAUCACGAGAUGUCACAGCUCUUAGUAAGAAGGCUAUUUUCUCUCUUCAGAGAGUGAGAACUAUCAGCUCAGGAAUACCCCAAAAUAUCAGCACAGAAGUCCAGGGAAGAUUUGAGGCAAUUUCGGAGCUAUUUAAAACCAUGUCGAAGGACCUUCAGGGCAUCAAUUCCUGGCGAUAUCAACGCCAAGCCUCACCCGGGAUCCAAGAAUUCAUAGAGGCUCUCUCAUUUGAGCACUAUCUUAGAACAGGGAAGCUAGUCACGAGAGAGCUUGCAACGAAAAGCAUGAUAUGGAAUAUUCCUCUAACGGUUGACGACUACGCGCUGGGGUUAUUCGAUCUGUCGGGGGAAAUCAUGCGGUUUGCAGUCACUGCCAUUGCGACAACAGGCUCACUGCCACAUUUGAAAUCCAGUCACUCAUUUGUCGACCGCUCGAUACUAACAGACCUGAGGCACCUGAGAUCCUCCUUUGAAGCACUAGAUACAACAUCUUGCCAUGGAACAAGCCUUGGCGGAGAAAUCGACAAGAAGAUGGAGACAAUGGUUCAGAGUGUUGAGAAGGUGGAGAAUGCCGCAUGUUCCUUGAUUAUCAGGGACCAUGAACGGCCCAAGCACACGCCAGAUAGCGACAAUAACUGAGCCGUCAGAAGUCACUGUCAGGAACCUAUCUAUGCCUCAGGUCUGAAAGUGCUAUUGGAAUCGAAGUACGAAGCGGAAUCAGGCGGUGGAUUGCCUCGCGGGAUAAACGCUGGCGGAUCUCAAUUAAUACGUCAGGCGCGAACGGACGAAAUAGUGGUUGUAUGUGGAUCACUGUUAUAUGGUCUGCCCCAGCAGCGCCCUCCACAGUUCGCUUGCGGCCGUGUUAAUCGCUGUGGACGACGGACUUGCUGUAUGGAUAUGGAUAUGAAUAUACUAAGUGUGUCAUGGCUUUCAAUAGUUGACGAAACUAUUCGACUUAACGUGUUACACUUAUGAGCUGGUAACAUCCUCUGUUGCUUGUCGAGCAUCUUCGUCAACGGUUCGUGUGCGAAGCUGCAGUGCGUGGAUCCCUCCUUCUUGUGCCAUUUCAUCCUUCAGCAAGGUAUAUACCAUUCGAUGUCUUGCGGGUUGCGACUUGGCUUUGAAAGCGUCCGAAGUUAUCACCACUCUAUUGUAGUGCUAUAGUCAGAGUCGUUCUAAUAGAAGGAUCCAAAUACAAAC